CUGAGGAGACCUGAUUUAGUGCUCAAGUGCGGAAAACAUUUGUUCUAUAAUCAUAAGAGUGAAGCCUUCUCAAAACUUGGAAACAAUGUUUGGGAUUAUUAUGAACAUUUAUUGAGAGCAGCUGCUGAUUUGAAUAAUAUUACUGUGGCCCAAGAAUGUUUAGUUAGUCUUCAAGGGCAAUUCGGAGAGUCUCUCAGAGUAAAAAGAUUGGAAGGACUUUUGAUGGAGGCACAAAACCAAUUCGAAACAGCAUUACAAAUCUAUGAUGACAUUCUUAAAGAUCAUCCAACUGAUGCUCUCUCUUACAAGAGAAAGGUUGCAAUUUUCAGAUCGCAAAAUUUAAUCGAGGAAAGUAUUACAGCACUCAAUGAAUAUUUGAAAAUAUAUCAAAAUGAUUUGGAAGCUUAUGAAGAAUUGGCAGAUAUUUAUCUUGCUAAUGCUGAAUAUAAGAAUGCUCUUUUCUGUAUUGAGGAAAUGAUUUUGAGUAAUCCAGCAAAUUAUAUUUUCCAUUUGAAAUAUGCAGAUAUUCUUUACACCACUGGAGAUUACAGAAAUGCCAGAAAAUAUUACAGUCAAUCACUUAAUAUUAACAGUGAAACAAACAUGAGAGCACUUUUUGGAUUAUAUUUG